CAUACCAGAGAACUGAAAAAAACACCGAAACUUUCUCAUCUCACACCAAACAAUAAUAAUGCUUGAAUGAAUCAUAAUGGAUCAAGAAGCCAUACCAAAACCAAAACACGAAAAACACAAUCAAACUCAAGCCUCUUCCAAUGAGACUUCGCUGUUGUCAGGCUUACCAAACCACCUUGCACAGCUCUGCCUUGCAAAAAUCAACCCUUCCAUUCUCUUCUCUGUUUGCCACUCAUGGAGGCGCCUAAUCUACUCUCCUUCCUUCACUCCUUUUUUCUCUCUCUACGCUCUUCUCUCUCCUCCACCUGAUCACAGCCCCAAUUCCCCCAUUCAGUUCUCCUCACUAGACCCAAUAUCAAACACGUGGACAUCUCUCCCUUCUCCUCCCUCCGACCCUCCUCUCCACCUCCUCCACCGCCACCCGGCCUUCCUCUCUCGAAAACUCCCCAUCCAGACGUUGUCCGUCUCCGGCUGCCUUGUCCUCGUCGCCGCCACCACCCACCAAUUCACACCCGCGCUGCCUCGUCCUCUUGUGUUCCAACCACUGUCCAAGCAGUGGUCCUUCGGCCCCGCGCUGCCCAAGCCGCGCCGUUUUUGUGCUGCCGGAACUGUGGGGGGCAAAGUGUAUGUGGCGAGUGGGAUGGGGACAACUUACAGAGGGGACGUUGCGAGGUCGAUGGAAGAGUGGGACAUGAAGGGGAAGGAGGUUUCUGCAUCAUGGGUUAAGAAGGCAGGGCUUAAAGAUGGGAGGUUUAGCAGGGAGGCUGUGGAGGCAAUUGGGUAUAGAGGGAAGCUUUGGAUGGUGAAUGUGAAGGGCAAUGCUAUCAAGGAAGGGGCUGUUUAUGAUGUCGAAACGGACACGUGGCAAGACAUGCCUCAAGGCAUGCUUGGUGGAUGGAAUGGACCAACUGCUACAUCCAUCAAUGAUGAUGAUCAUCAUCAUGACCAUGAUGCGAUGUAUGUGGUGGAUGAGAGUAAAGGAGUGUUGAGCAAAUAUGUUGAUGAAAAUGAUUGUUGGGAAGUGGUGAUGGACUCGGUAGUGUUGAAAGAGGCUGAGCAAGUUUGUGCCGGGAGGGGGAGAGUUUGUGUGGUUUGUGCUAACGGGACUAGGAUUGUGGUGGUGGAUGUCGUGGCGCCGCUGCCAAGGAUUUGGGUGGCGGAGCCGCCGCCGAUGUUGGAAGUUGUGGCGGUACACAUAUUACCUAGGAUGUGUAGGCUGGAUUAAUUUUGUAACUGCUCUUCGUGAUUCGUAUUAUAUAUGACUAGUUUUUGUUAUAGUUCCUAUGAAAUGAAAUAAAGAAAAGAACAAUUACAAGUGUAGAAAUCAAAUACAUUUGAUCAUCAAUCAA